CAACGCUCUCUUAGUUGUGGUAAUGAACCUCCAUAGACCUAUAAAAGUAUCACCACCCAAUAACCAAGACGGUGUUCUCUUAUAUUUUACAUGUAGAGAGAGAGAAAGAGAGCCCUUGUUGUCUUUCAUUACUACAGCAUUCUCUUCAACAACAGUAGUACUAUCUCAACACUCAGAACCAUGACUGCUGUGGAGGUGAGAGUUCCAAACCUGGACUGUGAGGGAUGUGCUGCAAAGCUGAGGAGAGCUCUUGUCAAACUCAAAGGAGUAGAGGAAAUUGAAAUUGAAAUGGAGACUCAAAAAAUUACAGUUAGAGGCUAUGCUGUAGAUGAAAAGAAGGUGCUAAAGGCUAUAAAGCGCGCUGGAAAGGCAGCAGAGCCGUGGCCAUAUCCAGGCUACUCUCAUUUCGCUUCAUUUUACAAGUACCCCACCCACAUUGUCAACCACUACUACGACACCUCGAGAAAUGCAGCUCCGGCCACCAUCCACUCCUUCUUCCAUACUCCGGCAGUUUAUUCCGUCGCCAUCGCAUCUGACGAGGCGGUUGCUUCCCUUUUUAGCGACGACAACCCACAUGCAUGCUCUAUUAUGUGAUCAUGGUUUUGGUCAUAUUUUAAGAAAAAGAGUGAGUGUUAUUUUGUUGUUUUUCAACGGCUAGUGGGGUUGAUUAAUUUCCAGUGGGGUUGGUUAAUUUCCAUCAUGGCUCUGGCCAUACAUUUUAAUGUUGAUGAUAAUUUAUGGAAUCAUGUAGGUUUCCUUAUCUUAGUAUAGGGUUGAAAUACUUUGAAAAAUAUUAUAAAAAGUUCUUCAAGAGUAAUUUGAUCAUGCUUGUAUAGCUGGACUCCAUUAAUAAUUUGUAUCAAUUGUACCAAACAGUUGAUGAUAAUGCUUGUAAGUUGACAAAGUCCCACCUUCUAAG